UCCCCAAACUGCCCCUGUAUUGCCCAAGCCACGGCGCAGCCCAGUGUUUGCUGCUAGCGUUACGAGUAGAAGAAAGUAGCUCCGAGAAUGCCAGGAUUGACUGCGCCCUCAGAUUAUUCUCUUGAACCUCCUCGUCAUCCUUCUCUUCUGAUCAACGCCAAGGAACCAUUUAAUGCUGAGCCACCACGUUCUGCCUUGAUUUCCUCGUAUUUGACUCCUUCAGAUUUCUUUUACAAGAGAAGUCAUGGUCCGAUACCAAUAGUUGAUGACAUAGAAAGAUACUUCAUUUCAAUAUCUGGUCUGAUAGAGAAUUCCAAAUGGCUUUUCAUGAAAGAUAUCAGGAUGCUUCCAAAGCAUAAUGUCACUGCCACAUUACAGUGUGCAGGUAAUAGGAGGACUGCUAUGAGCAAGACCAAAACCGUUAAGGGAGUUGGCUGGGGUGUGUCUGCUAUUGGAAAUGCUGUCUGGGGUGGUGCCAAAUUGGCUGAUGUUCUUGAACUUGUUGGAAUCCCAAAGUUGACAAGCACCACUCAGUUAGGUGGAAGACAUGUUGAAUUUGUGAGUGUCGACAAGUGUAAGGAGGAAAAUGGGGGCCCAUACAAGGCAUCAAUCCCACUGAAUCAGGCCACAAAUCCUGAAGCAGAUGUUCUUCUUGCUUAUGAAAUGAAUGGAGAACCUCUUAGCAGGGAUCAUGGGUAUCCAUUACGUGUGGUUGUUCCUGGUGUUAUUGGAGCUCGGUCUGUUAAGUGGCUGGAUUCGAUCAAUAUCAUAGCUGAAGAAUGCCAGGGUUUCUUUAUGCAAAAGGACUACAAAAUGUUUCCACCAUCCGUGAAUUGGGAUAACAUCAUUUGGUCAACCAGGAGGCCCCAGAUGGAUUUUCCAGUUCAGUGUGUCAUAUGUUCUCUUGAAGAUGUGAGCACCAUAAGGCCGGGGAAGGUAAAGGUAAGUGGGUAUGCAGUGUCAGGAGGUGGUAGAGGCAUUGAGAGGGUAGAUGUGUCUGUUGAUGGAGGCAAAACUUGGCUGGAAGCCUCAAGAUAUCAGAAGACCGGCACUCCAUACAUAGCAGACGAUGCCGCCAACAGUGACAAAUGGGCGUGGGUGCUGUUUGAGAUCACAGUUGAUAUCCCUCACAGCACAGAGAUAGUUGCAAAAGCGGUAGAUUCAUCUGCAAAUGUCCAACCUGAAAAGGUUGAAGACAUUUGGAACUUGAGAGGCAUAUUAAACACGUCAUGGCAUCGCGUGCAAGUUCGAGUGGGGCACUCAAACUUGUAAAAUUGUAUGGCUAGUUUGUUGCCAUGGACCGAAAACUUGAGUCUCUCGCAGGUUUCACCACCCUCUUUGAUCCUCCCACCCUUGAUGUGGAACUCUGAAUCGUGUUUAACGCCAGUGCCAUCCAUGCGGAAACACUAAACUUUGACGGUGUCCUGUUGAUAAUAAAAGCUCUUUACUGUAAACAAUCGCUGAAUCGAAGGUUGUUGGUUAGCUGCAUCCAGUCAAUUUCCAGUGGUUCCAUUGCGUUAAGCUAAUAAUCUAUAUCGCUUUCCCAUGGAAGCAUCUACACUAGCCCGUAUCUUUUAUUUUAGUGAGAUAGUGCUUGUUUAUGGAAGGAAAAGUAUAUUCUUCUGACCUGGCCAAUGUGAAAAGAAGAAUCUCUUGCACUG